AUGUAAAGGAAUCUGUUAAAUCAAGCACCUUUCUAUUCAUUCCCCACUUCUAUGUUUGUACCAUAUCAUUCUCCAAUGAGAAAUCAAUCUCCUAGUCAUCUUUAUACUCAAGGCUCUCCUACUAGACUACUAUUAAAUGAUCCAUAUUCUUCACAACCAAGAAUAGACUCAAAUAUCUACUGUAUUUAUUCAAUUAUAUCCCAUUUAGUCAAAUCAAAUGAACCUCAAAAUAGUUCUUACUUUCCAGAUAAAUAAUCUGAUUUUCCCAAUAAUAAGAGUUAUUUAUAAAGACCUAACACUUAUUUCGAAUAAAGACCAUCAAAAUAAAGCCCUUAAAAAUAAUCAGAAAGUGUCAUAACUUAUAAGAUUCUAUUCAAUGAUGGUUCUUUAUAUUAUGGUGAAACAAAGGAUUAACUUAGACAUGGAAAAGGUACACUCUACAGUUCUGAUAACAAUUUAAUUUACAUGGGGGAAUGGCAAAAUGAUAAAUAUCAUGGUCUAGGAAUAUUUAAUAAAGGAAAUAUUAGAUACAAAGGUUAUUUUGAAGAAGGGUUUGUUAAUGGAGAAGCCGUUGAAGAAACUAAAACAUUCAAAUUUUAUGGUUUCUUUAAAAAAGGUAAAAGAAAUGGACCAGGUACUCUUUAUGCCAGGAAUUAAGUGACAUAAGGAAUUUGGAAAGAUAAUCAACUAAAAGAGGUUUGUUGA